GGACACGCCCGAUAUUUAAGGACGGAGAUGUGACGUGGCUAAUCCGAGGGGCCAGUUUGAAUUACUGACACCUGGCUCGUCAAGCCUAAGGAACGAAUAUGCCAGGUCUACCCGAGGGAUAUUCGCCCUUACCCUUAGGUCAAUCGUGUAGAGAAGAAGGGAAGACGAAGAACAGGGAGGAAAGAGCAAGAGGGGAGAAAAUGGGGCUUAGCAAUUACCUCACAGGAAUCCUGAAUUUCUUGACGCUGGCGCUGGCAAUCCCGGUCAUCGGCGCUGGGAUCUGGCUAUCGCAGCGCCACGACACGGUUUGUAUGCGAUUCCUCCAGGGCCCGGUGAUCGCCAUUGGCGUCUUCAUCCUCGUGGUGUCGCUGGCGGGAUUCAUCGGCAGCUGCUUCAGGGUGUCAUGGCUGCUGUGGAUCUAUCUCUUCGUCAUGUUCUUGCUCAUCAUGCUGCUGCUCGCCUUCACGAUCUUCGCGUUCGCGGUCACCAACAGGGGCGCCGGCCACGCGCUGUCGGGCAAGGGCUACAAGGAGUACCGGCUCGGGGAUUACUCCACCUGGCUGGAGCGCCGCGUCAAGAACACGGGCAACUGGAACAAGAUCAAGAGCUGCCUCGCCGACGCCAAGGUCUGCCGCGAUCUCGACAACGAGUAUCCCACCGAGGCUGCAUUCUCCGCCGCGCGGCUCACUCCUCUCGAGUCCGGGUGCUGCAAGCCCCCCACCGCGUGUGGGUUCGUCUACCAGAACGCUACGUCCUGGAUCAACAGCGCCUCGCCAGCCGCCGACACGGAUUGCUUCGCGUGGAACAACGCCGCCGACCGGCUGUGCUUCGAUUGCAACUCGUGCCGCGCGGGCGUGCUGGAGAACAUCCGCAAGGACUGGCGCAAGGUGGCCAUCAUCAACAUCAUCGUCUUCGUCUUCCUUGUCGUCGCCUACUCCGUCGGAUGCUGCGCCUUCCGCAACGCCCGCCGCGACGAGUACUUCAGCAACAAGGCGCCGUACCGCUGAUGGAUGCCGCCGUACGUCUUUUCUUGCAGUGUUUCGUGAAUCUAACCAUCGAUCAACCUACAUUGAUCGAAUCGUUUGUGUAAAGGAUGAUUACGUAGAUUUGCUUUUCACCACCUAAAGGACUACCUCGAGAUCCUAUAUGAUCUUUUGGUGGGCGUGACUUUGCAUCCUCUCAAACAUUUCGAGCAAAGUAUUUGCUGCGAA